UAGACGGGCAAGAACGAGACAGAGAGAAAGGGAGACACCGAAGAAGCACUUCACUGUUUUUUUUUUCCCUUCCCAUUUCCUUAUUUCCCCUCCUGGGAGGUUGUGAAAAGGCAGAACAGAAAGAGAAACGCAAACUAACAGAGACAAAGGGGGCAAAGCUGAGAGGGUGAAAGCAAGUGUGAGUGUGUGAGUGACUCUGUGUGCAACAUGCUCUGUCAUGCUGGUGUAACAACCGCUGCCUCUCUAACCGGCGUCGUUGACUCUCAGGAAAAGGAAUGUUUUCCGGAGGAAUGAGUCCCUGAACCGGUUCAUCAUGUGGAUGUGGGACAGUAAUUUCCAAACCUUUGCCGGAAGAAUCCCACGAAAAAAAAGAGCAGUGGCCAGACAGCCUAGCCGGUCCUGUUGGGUUGCCGCCUGUGUGCUGGCACUGCUGAGAUUCAGUCGCUGAAAGAGAGAGUCAACACUGGGCUUAAAUCUGCUUCUAGUUAUUUGUGUUUGUUUUUUAUCGUCACAUUUAUUGGGAUUUUUAUUUUUACAAGUGGAACUCAAUGGAUUUUAUGGUGCUUUAUAGCUCGAUUUUUAAGAUUGCCUUGUUGGAAGAGGGUUUUGCAGUGAUGUCUGAAGACCAAAUAAGAGUAGUUGUAACUUCACAAGGAUCUCAUUACUGACAGACUGGUCUGAAUGGGCGCAUCACAGCAGUGGACUGCACUAUGGGACAAUGCACAAUACUCUGGGGCCUGUGGACUGUCUGGAUGUAGAUAGCUAGGUAGAUUAAGUUAACAGGUAGGGGGUAUGAAGCCGGGACACUGUCCAGGUGUUCCCAGAAACCCAUCUAUGAUGCACCUCAGCCAGUACCCUUUUAGAAGGCACUCAUGGAUAUGUUUUGAUGUCGACAAUGGCACGUCAUCAGGUCGCAGCCCCCUGGACCCGAUGGCCAGCCCGGGCUCCGGCCUCAUCCUGCAGGCCAAUUUUGUCCACAGCCAACGGAGAGAGUCGUUCCUCUACCGCUCUGACAGUGACUACGACCUCUCACCCAAGUCUAUGUCCCGAAAUUCCUCCAUAGCCAGUGACAUUCAUGGUGACGAUAUGAUUGUAACACCAUUUGCACAGGUUCUUGCCAGCUUAAGAACUGUAAGAAACAACUUUGGUGCAUUAACCAAUCUACAGCAAGACAGAACCUCCAAUAAGAGAUCACCCAUGUGUAACCCAACACCCAUCACCAAGACUACCUUUACAGAGGAGGCCUACCAGAAACUGGCCACUGAGACCCUGGAGGAGCUGGACUGGUGCCUGGAUCAGCUGGAGACGCUGCAGACAAGACACUCAGUCAGUGAGAUGGCAUCCAAUAAGUUCAAGAGGAUGUUGAACAGGGAGCUGACUCACCUUUCAGAGAUGAGCCGUUCUGGGAACCAGGUGUCUGAGUUCAUCUCCAGCACCUUCUUAGAUAAGCAACAUGAAGUGGAGAUGCCAUCUCCUCAGACGCAGAAGGAGAAGGAGAAGAAGAACAAGCCCAUGUCUCAGAUCAGUGGGGUGAAAAAGCUGCAACAUUCCUCCAGCCUCACAAACUCCAAUAUCCCUCGCUUCGGAGUAAAAACCGAAACUGAGGAUGAACUUGCUAAGGAGCUGGAGCAUGUGAAUAAAUGGGGCCUUAACGUUUUUAAAAUCUCAGAGUUUUCUGGGAAUCGGCCACUGACAGUCAUGAUGUACACAAUAUUCCAAGAGAGAGACUUGUUAAAAACUUUUAAAAUUCCACUUGACACCUUUAUAACAUACCUGAUGACCUUAGAAGACCAUUAUCAUGGCGAUGUGGCUUACCAUAACAACAUCCAUGCUGCUGACGUCACCCAGUCAACCCACGUGCUGCUAUCCACCCCUGCCCUUGAGGCUGUGUUCACAGACCUUGAGAUCCUAGCUGCCAUCUUUGCCAGUGCAAUUCAUGAUGUGGACCAUCCUGGGGUCUCCAACCAGUUUCUCAUCAACACCAAUUCAGAGCUUGCAUUGAUGUACAAUGACUCAUCUGUGUUGGAGAACCACCAUCUAGCAGUGGGCUUCAAGCUACUACAAGAGGAAAACUGUGACAUCUUCCAAAACUUGACCAAAAAACAGCGACAAUCACUGCGAAAGAUGGUCAUUGACAUAGUGCUAGCAACAGACAUGUCCAAGCACAUGAAUCUCCUGGCUGAUCUGAAAACCAUGGUGGAAACUAAGAAGGUGACCAGCUCUGGGGUCUUGCUGCUGGACAACUACUCUGACAGGAUACAGGUUCUCCAGAACAUGGUGCACUGUGCAGACCUGAGCAAUCCCACCAAGCCUCUGCAGCUGUACCGGCAGUGGACCGACCGCAUCAUGGAGGAGUUUUUCAGCCAGGGCGACCGGGAGAGGGAGAGGGGCAUGGAGAUCAGCCCCAUGUGUGACAAACACAACGCCUCAGUAGAAAAGAGCCAGGUUGGUUUUAUCGACUACAUCGUUCACCCUCUGUGGGAGACGUGGGCCGACCUGGUUCACCCAGACGCCCAGGACAUCCUGGACACGUUGGAAGACAACAGGGAGUGGUACCAAAGCACCAUCCCCCAAAGCCCCUCUCCCGCUCUGGAUGAGCCCGAGGACGGCAGCCGACCCCCAGGAGGGGACAAGUUCCAGUUUGAGCUCACCCUGGAGGAGGACGGGGAGUCGGACACAGAAAAAGACAGUGGGAGCCAGCCAGAGGAGGAGGAGGAAGAGGAGGAGGAGGAUGAAGAAGAGGAAAACAGCUGUACUGACUCUAAAACGCUCUGUACGCAGGACUCUGAAUCAACAGAGAUACCUUUGGACGAACAGGUGGGGGAGGACGAGGAGGAGGAGGAAGUAGCUGAAGAGGGAGAAACUCUCUGCUCACAACCCUGUCUAGUGGAGGAAGAGGUAGCAGAGGAGGAAGAGGAGGAGGAAGAGGAGAAAGAGAAAUCCCCUGACACAUAGCAGUUUAUAGACAGCAUUAACUGUUCUUCUUAGUAAUGACAGAUGAUUAUUUAUAGAAUAUUUUUUGGGUUUUGUGGAGUCUGUCUGUGUUUUUUUGAUUUUUUUUUUUUUUUGUUUGUUUUUUUUACACAUCUAUGUUUAUUCCAAAGCGUGCGCUGCUCUUCACCUUGGCCACUCCUCCCGUCAGCUUUGUUCAGACACGCCCACCGGUACUUCUUCAAGUUUUUUUGCACUCAGGAAAUCUUCUUUCCAUUCCCGUUUGUACUGAAGCGGUGUGUCUUUAUUUCACUUUCACUCCUCCUCUUUUCCAAGCUUAAGUUAGGACGUUGAUGAGCAGUUCAAAGUCCGCUCAGUGCUGUUCAUACGAUACAUAAUCCCACAUUUUCCUUCCCUCUGCUUUGUCUCAGCUUUGCCUGAAGUUUAGCGGUGUUUCUGUGUUUUAACAAGUGCCCAUUCUCUACAGAGACGGUGUGUUCAAGGAGAAUCUCCCUCUCAGUUAGGUCAUUUCCUCCCCACUGUGAAUUAGGAGGCAUAUUAUGCUGUCGUUCCCCUGAAAACCCGAUGAGACGCCACAGAAGUAUAAGCUGCAGCACACUGGGGAGCUUUUUGAGACACAUUCCUGAUGUGGAAGUCUUCCUUGAAAACCUGACUGACACAAAGCUCAAAUGUUACAGCCAUGACGCUGUCCUAGACCUCUUUGAUUUUUGUAUCGUACUGUAUGUAAGAUUCAGAUAUUUUCUAGAAUUUACUUUUGCAAUCCUAGGCUUUCUUUUAUUAGCAACUAGAUGAGAUAUGACUUUUGAAAAUCAUGGAACCAAUGGAGAGAAAUGUAUCACAGAGUUUCAGUGUUUGAAGGAGUUUGUUCACAGCUGGAUUACGUGAGAAGUGUUCUGAAAUGAUUGCACUUGCUCCAAUAGCAUUUAUACUACUAAUCCCAUGCCACUUAUUCAUAUUUGGUUAGUCCUGUGAAUUGAAAUUUGGAACUUAUUCAUUACUUCUUUUUUUUUUUUUUUUUUUUUUUUUUUGAAGUACCAGUUUGUAGGAUUUGGGGGCAUCUAUUUGUGGUUUUUCAAGCAUGCAAGAGAGCCUACAAUGACCAUGAAGUCACCAUAAACACAUCCUCAAAAGCCAGUAUUAAAUUUGUUUGUUCUUUGCUACCAGAGAAACACAGCGGCACAUGAAAAAUAUUGAUUCUAAACUCAAGAAAAUACAGUCAUUCAUUUUUGUGGAGCCUAUCCCAGCUAACUUUAGCUGAAGGUGGUCCACAUCCUGCACAUUUACACUAAUAACUAUUUACUCUCACAUUCACACCUACAGGCAGUUUACAGUGAUCAAUUAGACCCCCCCUUGCCCCUAAAUCUUAAAUACUGGUUCUUUAAAGGGGAGCAGAAACAUGAAACCUUCUGCUUUACUCUCAUUGAACUAGUUUGUGAUGUGGAUGAAGCCUUUACGUUUGAAUAUGGUUGCCUGCAGUUCUUUUGAACACAUCCUGAGACAAUGCAAUGCUUUGUAGUUGAUACAAAAAGCACCUUUUUUAGAAGCUUGAUUUAGCGCUCUAAUGUGUAUACUACAAAAAAAUAACAAAAACAAAAUCGGAAGUGGUGUUAAAAAUGACCGAGGUGAUUUUAUAUACCAAUGUUUUCUUUAUUUGCUGCAUCUCCAACAGCUGAAUACCUUUCUGCCUGUCAUUCAGUCAAGCUAGUUCAUGUUUUGUUACGUCCUGCAAAUUUAUUUUUCACAGUACGUUCACUUCGCCAUCGCGAUGUUAAACCCUGUUGCUGUCUUUGCUUUUGACAAGACAAUCAGCUCCGUCGCGUGGUCAUGAGAGAACGACUAUCCUCUACGUAGAUACUCUAAUGCACUGAUAUAUUCAUAUAUAUAUCACCACAUUAUGCUUGAUCACUCCUGCAUACUUGGUAAAACAUUGCUGUCUUACACCUCGGCCAAGAGUCUCUUACUUUCUCUUUUUUUUUUUUUUUUUUUUUUUUCACUUAACACCAGAUGUUACUAUUUAUUUAUAUGUUUUUUUUCUAUUUGUUUAGCUGUUUUGCAAUAUAAAGGUGGUACAGUAGAUAUUUCACUGUAGCAUAGACCACAGUACAGGCUUGCCAGUUACCAAUACCCAAAUAUCCUUUUUUUUCCCUCUCUGUGUACAUAAAAUAUAGAAAAUCUACAAAUGUAAAAAAGAAAAAAACACUUGAAAUACUGCACACAGCUUUUUUUUUUUUUUUUUUUUAAAGAGUGCUUGUUUUAAUUCUGUGUCAUUUCAGAACUUUUUAUUUAAUCUUUUAUUUUGUGCCAAGAUUUUAGUUUUUCUGUUUUUUCAUCCUCACCCAAAGCCCUUACCUGUAAUAAGAUUUUUCUGGUUUUAUCGCUGUUUACAAACAUAUAUUUAUUGUGCUGUAUAUAAUAUAUAAUUAUUAAUGUUAUUACUAUCAUAAUGCCGUUUGUUGUAAAUGGUUGAUUCUUAUCAUCCCUUUUGGUGAUGGUGUGGCUGUAUUACGUACCUCUUGUUGAGAGAAUGUUUAUUACACAUGAGCUUCAGUGUAAAAAUGAUCCAUCGACAUGUUGCUUAUCUGAGAACUAGCUCAGUGAAGAGAGGGGGAAAGCCAAAUUGUUUUUUAAAAAGAAACUGUUCCUUGGCCCAUGGGCUGUGCCUUAAAUUCAACGCAUGUCAUUUACUUUAGCCUUUUUCCUCUUAUUUUCUAGUUCUCUUUGCUGCAUUGGCAAAUCUUUCGGCUUGUGUUGUCCUGAUCUCCCAUUGAGUUCUCAAAAAUGUUGCCUUUUUACAAAUACAGCCAAACACAAUUUGCUCUUGUGAAAAUUUGGCACUGAUUUAGAAGAAGAAGAAGAAAAAAAAAAGUAUAUUAUCAGUGUCGAAGCUUGUAGAGAUUCAGGUCAAACACAAGUCACAGAUUUGCUCCUUGAGUGAUGUGUGGUUUAUAGCCGGAUGUCUAAGGGUCGUAUUUGCUGUAGGCGUGGUCCGAACAACUCGCACAUCCCAAAGCCCUGCUACUACGCUCAAAAAGAUGUGACACAACACGUGACAUGUGAGCGAAAUGGGAGUAAUUUCGAUGUCUCACAGUUAUUCUUAUGUGUGUUUGUGUCACAGCUUCAAACACUGAAUGGGAGGAAGGGGGGGGCAGGAGGGGUGUGACGUUGCUACUCAUCCACGUCUUACAAAACACAGAGGCUUUGAGACACAUCUGUAUGUUCAGCCAAUGCUGCAUUAAUUAUGGCUGGAACAAUAACAGUGUGUUGCUUUAUCUAUGCUCGGCCCACACUUCCACUCACAUUACUUGCAAUAUCCAAAACCACUGACAUCUUUCUGCCUGGACAGGAGAAGAGUUAGGUAUAUUUCUGUUGUGAACGGGGGGUAAGGGGUUACAUGGGGGUGGGGGGGUGGGGAGGGGUCUUGGGUGAGAGCGUCAUUGUCCCGCAAUAGGGACUCUUAUUUUGACACACAUACUGUAGAUUAUAAACAGCCCUGGACCAAUGGAAACAGUGGGUUCUUUUCUCAUUAUGUGUUCUAUUUUUUUAUGGUAUGAAAGGAAAACACAAACUGUAACUUAAAAAAGGUCUUCAGGACAAUUAUUUUUUGGGUUAUGUCUUUAGAAUGCCAACUUGUCUGGAAGUUUUCACAGGACAAUUAAAAUGUUAUUUUAAUGGAUUCCUUGUUAAUUGCAGUCUAUUGGAUAGCACUGUAGAUCAUACAACUUUAUGUAAAAAACAUAAAAACAAAGGAAAAAAAGUUUUUAUAUGCAAUGGAUUAAAUAAAAGCAUGGGUUGAUUCUGCCUA